AUGGCAUUAAAGCGCAAGCAGCCAGGUGACACGAGCGAACUGGAGAAUGUCUUCCGCUCAGCCCCCAUCGAAGAUCGAUCGUCCAAAUUUAUCGGAUAUUUCUCACCCACGCUCACUCCGAAAGAGCUGCAAGAGCUAGCAGAGAUUCAAGGUGCAUCACAUAAAAUCCUGGGCUGGCGACGCGAAAGCAAUCAACAAUCGAUCACCAAGGCGACGCGCUACAUAACAGGCUCGGACGACGAUGGAGAGAAGUACGGCGGGAAAAAGGUUGAAAAAGUGUUAGAGCUGUCGCGUGCUGUUGGUGCAUGUGUUGUCGCGAGAUGGUAUGGAGGCGUUAUGCUCGGCCCAGCACGGUUCACUCAUAUUGAGACAUGCGCGCAAGAGGCCAUUCACCGGUGGGAGGACCAUCAAGUUGAAGAACGUGCCAAAAGACAGAAAAUUGCCAAUGAAGAAGCGGAACGUGGUCGGCUUGUGAAAACUUUGGAGGAUAGGGACAAUAGCAUAGUUGUACUGCGCACGCUUGCGUUGGAGAAAGAGCAGGCAGUCACAGCUGAAAAACCAUCAAGUACAGAGCAGACAUCAAAAUCAGCUGUCACAGCAUCUCGAACGCAGGUACAACAUACUCCAGACUACGGUGCCAUGCAAUUGGAACGACUGAGAGCGCUGGAUAAGGCUCGCGACGCUACGCUCUCAUUCCUGCUGAAGCGCAUUGAUAAAGCUGAAGCAGCGCUUGCUGCGAGCAAAGCGGCCUCCGUCGAAAAGCCUCCAUAA